AUGUCUGCAAUAACGAAUGCAAUAAAUAAUUCCACUCAAUUAGUUCGUACAAAUUGGACAGAUGUUAAUUCAAUAACAUCAUCUCCAACAAAUUCCAAUUCUGAUUCAGUUAAUACUCCUUUAAUUUCAUCAUCUGUAUCAAACCAAAAUAAUAGUAUACAUUCGACAUUGAAAUCUCCCAUAUCUAUUCAUAAUCAUGAUCAAACAGCUCAAUCCAUGACAUUUGAGCGAACUAUUCAAACAUAUCCAUUAACCAAUUAUACAUUUGGUACAAAAGAUCCAUUAUAUGAGCGUGAUAGUUCGGUUCAAGCACGAUUUCAACGUAUGCGUGAAGAAUUUACAACAAUGGGUAUGAGACGUAGCGUCGAAGCUGUUUUAUUGGUACAUGAACAUAAUUUACCUCAUGUACUUCUUCUACAAUUGGGAACAACAUUUUUUAAAUUACCUGGUGGUGAACUUAAUCCAGGUGAAGAUUCAAUGGAAGGUCUCAAGCGUUUACUGAACGAAACAUUAGGUCGACCUGAUUCUGUUCAACAGAAUAAUUGGCUUAUUGAAGAUGUUAUUGGUAAUUGGUGGCGUCCUAAUUUUGAAGCACCACGUUAUCCUUAUGUUCCUGCUCAUGUAACAAAACCUAAGGAACAUAUUCGUUUAUAUCUUGUUCAACUUGGUGAAUCAUCGAUGUUUGCUGUACCACGUAAUUACAAACUAGUAGCUGCACCUUUAUUUGAAUUAUAUGAUAAUGCAUCAGGCUACGGCCCAAUUAUCUCAAGUUUACCACAAGCACUGAGUCGAUUUAAUUUUAUUUACAAUUAA